GCACAACGUAAUCAGGCAGGCCAGGUCGAUAACUAACGGGCAGGUAGGUACAGGAGGAGCAGGCGGAGAGAAUGGUCAGGGUCACAAGCCAGGGAUCAAAACAGGAGAAGUCAGCAGAGGUCAGGAUCAGACUGGGUCGGCAACAAAACAGGAACAGGAACGCAGGUUACAAGAUACAGGGGCCCAUGGAAAAACACACACCAAGGCCCGGACUGCAGGUCUGGCCAUCCCUUAAAUACACCUGCAUAAUCAGCUUCAGGUGUUUGGCUGGCUGCAGGGUUGAGUCUCUGAUUGCUGAGAGCACCCGCUGGCCAGCCCUGGUACUGCAGCCCACAAGGCAGGUGAGUCCCACCAUUACUGGCAAGUCCAUUCCUGACACGUACACUGUAUUAAUUUAACCAAAUACAUUUAUUAAUGUAAUAAUGAAUACAGAGCUACAUUCCCCCUUCGCUGAAGGUGGCAGCACUGGUCUAUAAACAGACUCCUGGAUGCUAUAGCAG